CAACCUUCUUUUUCUUUUCUUUUUCCCCUUUUUGUGAACAUGUCAAAAGUUGAGGCAGAGAGACAUAAAGCAGCAGGAAACAAGCUUUUUGCAGAGAAACGUUAUGGAGAUGCUAUUAAUGAAUACACAAGUGCCAUUAUAAAAGAUUCAACAGUAUGCGUUUAUUAUACAAACCGCGCUCUUUGUUAUUCAAAGCUAGAGAAAUACGAUCAAGUCAUUUCUGACUGUAGAAAAGCAAUUGAAUUAGAUCCUUCAAUGGUGAAAGCUUACUAUUUGAUUGGACAGGCAUUAAUUGAAAAGAAGCAACACACUGAAGCAUUAAACAAAUUAAAGACUGGCUAUCAAUUGGCCAUUGAGCAAAAGGUGAAAUAUGUCAAUGAUAUCAUCCAAGCAUUGCUUGUUGCCCGAAAGAGAAAAUGGGAUGACGAUGAAGCAAUUCGACUUGAGAAGGAGGAUGAAUUAUUGCAUUACGUGAAAGGUCUCAUUGAAAAGGAAAGAGCUGACUUGUUAAAGGACACCAUUGAUGAAGAGGAGAUUGAGACCAUUAAUUACAAAAUUGAUGAAAAGUUAUCACAGGUACAGACCGUAUUUGUGCAAUCCAAGGAUAAUUCACACAGACGUGAAAUCCCUGACGCAUAUCUAGACAAGAUUUCAUUUAAUAUUAUGCACGAUCCUGUUUUUACACCAGAUGGUAUCACAUACGAGAGACAAUCUCUUUUAGACCAUUUUAGUAGAAACGGAAAUUUUGACCCAAUCACAAGAAGACCUUGUACAGAAAGACAAUUAAUCCCAAACUUGUCACUUCGUGAAGCGAUCGAAGACUUUUUGAAAGAAAACGGCUGGGCUGCCGACUAUUAAUUAUUAAUAAUUUACACUGUUAAUAAAUACCCCCUCCAACUCUCUCUCUUUUUUUUUUAU